CGGCUGCGUCGCCUGCUUGCUGUAAAGCCCAUCCAACUCGUGCAGUUGGAUCUGCGACCUCGACCUGCCCAGCAUGGCGCCUCCUCCCCACUCCAAGCCGGAGAACACUCUAAAACGUGCCCAGGAACUCAUCGGAGUCGACCAGCAGCAGGCUGCCCUCCAGCUGCUCCACGAACAUGUCACCUCCAAGCGCACCCGCAACAGCCCCAUCACCUCGCUCGAGCCCGUCAUGAUUCUCUUUGUCGAACUCUGCGUUGAUCUGCGCAAGGGCAAGCUCGCAAAGGACGGCCUGUACCAGUACAAGAACACGGCCCAGAACACAAACGUCGGCACCAUCGAGACUGUCUUCAAGCGCUUCAUUGAGCUCGCCGAGCAAAAGGUCACCGAGGCCCAGGCCAAGGCCGACGAGGUCCAGUCGUCGCUCGAGCCCGCCGACGAGAAGAAUGUCGACGAUCUCGAGGCCACCGAGACGCCCGAAUCGAUCCUCCUGUCCACCGUCUCCGGCGAGCAGUCGCGCGACCGCACCGACCGUGCCAUUGUUACUCCGUGGCUCAAGUUCCUGUGGGAGACGUACCGCACCGUCCUGGAUAUUUUUAAGAACAACGCCCGCCUGGAGCUCAUGUACCAGUCGACCGCCCACCAGGCCUUCCAGUUCUGCUCAAAGUAUGCCCGCAAGACCGAGUUCCGCCGUCUUUGCGAGCUGCUCCGCAACCAUCUCCAGAAUGCCGCCAAGUUCUCCUCGCAGAUGCACGCCAUCAACCUGUCGGACCCCGACACCCUGCAGCGCCACCUCGACACCCGCUUCCAGCAGCUGAACGUGGCCGUCGAGCUCGAGCUCUGGCAAGAGGCUUUCCGCAGCGUCGAGGACAUCCACACGCUGCUCAGCUUGAGCAAGCGGCCCGCCAAGAACAUCAUGAUGGCCAACUACUUUGAGAAGCUUACCCGCAUCUUCCUCGUUAGCGAAAACUACCUUUUCCAUGCCGCUGCUUACAGCCGCUACUAUAACCUGCUCCGCCAGUCAGCGGCCGCCGUGGCUUCCGGACAGAGCCCCAAGAAGGACAACCCGGCCGUCACUGAAGCCGACAUGACCAAGGCUGCCUCAUUUGUCUUGCUCUCGGCCCUUGCUAUCCCUGUCAUCAGCACUUCCCGCUCGCGAGGUGCCCUUGUCGACGUGGACGAGGCCAGGAAGAACAAGAACUCGCGUCUUACCAACCUGCUCGGCAUGUCCCAGGCCCCCACACGUGCUAUCCUGUUCAAGGAUGCCCUCAGCAAGGGUCUGCUCAAGCGUGUCCGUCCCGAGAUUCGCGAUCUCUACAACAUUCUCGAGGUCGACUUCCACCCGCUCUCCAUUUGCAAGAAGAUCUCUCCGAUCCUGUCCCAAAUCGGCGCUGAUGAGGACAUGCAAAAGUACGUCGGCCCGCUCCAGCAGGUCAUCCUCACCCGUCUCUUCCAGCAGUUGUCUCAAGUGUACGACUCUGUUGAGAUCAAGUUCGUGCUUGGCCUCGCACAGUUCCCUGAGCCUUUCCACGUCAGCGCUGGCACAAUUGAGAAGUUCAUCAUGAACGGCUGCAAGAAGGGUGACCUCGCCAUCCGCACCGACCACGCCACCGGCGUCCUUACUUUUGAUUCUGAUGUCUUUUCAUCAGCCAAGGCCAUGCACCCUGGUUCUGGUGCGGGAUCAGCCGAGAGCGAGUCUCGCUCCGUCCAGCGCCUGCAGAGCACCCCCGCCGAGAUUGUACGAUCUCAGCUCACUCGCCUUGCCAAGUCUCUCUUCGUCACCUGUCAAUAUGUUGACCCGUCAUUCAAUGCCGACCGUCUACGUGCCAAGGAGGCUGCGCUGGCACGAGCCAAGGAAGGCGCCGACAAGGAGCACCAGGAGGUUCUCAGCCGCCGCGACAUCAUCUCGCAAAAGAAGGAAGCCGCCUUGAAGGCUCAGCAGGCCAAGGAGAAUGAAGAGCAGACCAAGAGGCUCAUCCGCCAGCAACAGCUCAAGGAUGAGGAGGCUAGGCGCCUCGCAGAAGAGCAGAAGCAGCGUGCCGAGCAGCGCAUCAAGGCUGAGCAGAAGCGUAUUCAGCGCGAGGAAAUGGAGAAGCAGAUCAAGGAACUCAAGGCCACGACCAAGGUCGACAUUGAGCUUCCCGAAGACCUCGACGAUCUCGACUCGCAGAGAAUCCGCAUCCUCAAGCUUCAAGCUCUUGAGAGGGAGAAGAACCAGCUGGGUGAACAGCUCCGCAUUAGCGGCAAGCGUAUUGAUCACUUGGAGCGAGCCUACCGCAAGGAGGAGAUCAAGCACCUCAAGACCGACUACGAGAAGCAACAGGAGGCUGAUCUCGCAGCCUACGAAAAGGCAAAGGCCGAGGAGCUCAGGGAAGCCGAAGAAAAGCACAAAGAGGACGUUGCACUCAAGCACCGUUUGUCCAGGCUGGUGUCCCCUUACCAGCAAUUUGUUUCUACUGUCAAGCAGCAGCGCAAAGCCGAGUUUGAGAAGCGCCAAAAGAUUGCACAGAAGGAGCUCGAGAGCAAGAAGGCUGCACGUGUCAAGGAGGUCAAGGAGCGCUUUGCUCGGGAGAAGAGGGAGCGUGAGGAGGCCGAACGCCGCCAGCGCGAAGAGGAAGAGCGCGAGAGGGCGGAAGCCGAGGCCAAGGCCAAGGCUGAAGAGGAGAGGCGCGCACGACUGGCCGAAGAGAAGGCCAAGAGAGAAGAAGAGCGAAAUGCUCUUGCUGAGAAGGCUCGUCUCCAGGCACAGCGUGAAGAAGAGGCCAUGGCUAAGCGAAAGGCUGCUGCCAGCGGUAGCCGACCCUUUUCUCGCGAACCAGCUGCUGAUACUCCUUCGUCCAGUGGACCGCCAAAGAUCCAGCUUCCUGGUGGCAAGCCCAGCUGGCGUGAGCGUGAGGCCAUGAAGGCCGCUGGUCAGACUCCUCCAGCUGCCAGUACUCCUCCUGCGCCUGCAGCUGCUUCUCCGGCUGCCGAGGCGGAAGCACCCAAGAGAGGCGGCUAUGUGCCACCGGCGUUGCGCCAAGGCGGUGCUCCUGGAGGUGGAUGGCGAGAGCGCGAGGCUAGCGGCGGCGGCAGCGGUAGUGGUCGUUUUGAGGCUGCUCGGGGUGGAGACCGAUGGGGAGACAGGAAGGCAUCUCCUGCCACGACUGGUGGCUAUGUUCCUCCUGGUGCACGCCGUGAUGCCGCAGCUCGUGAGGGCGAAGGCGAAUCGGAGUCGAGGCCUGCUGCCCAGGCUCCAGCUGCAUCCACGGGCAAGUAUGUGCCCCGUCACUUGAGGGAUCGCCAGUAGAGGAAGAGGAGAGUAAAAGGUUAGGCGUUCGUUUUGUUUCUACUCUCGCUAUGAUUGACGACUGGUCACGGGCGGGGUCAGGACGAAUAUGAUGGCAUAGGGAGGGAGUUUGUGCUUCGUCUUCUUCCGAGUGAGCGGUAACGAACCUGCGCCCACGGUGGAUAGUUUGGUGAUUGAAUGCAUUUUCGAUUCUUCUUCUUCGAGGCUCUGACACCUGGCAUU